CGUUCGGUAGCUUACUUCUUUCUGCUCGUGGACGCCGCCGAGUAAGCAUCGUUGACGUCUCCCCCCACCCUCCACUGCCGUUAUGUCUAAGUCAGAGUCACCCAAAGAGCCCGAACAGCUGCGGAAGCUCUUCAUCGGAGGUUUGAGCUUUGAAACAACCGAUGAGAGUCUGAGGAGCCAUUUUGAGCAGUGGGGAACGCUCACAGAUUGUGUGGUAAUGAGAGAUCCAAACACCAAGCGCUCCAGAGGCUUCGGGUUUGUCACAUAUGCCACUGUGGAGGAGGUGGAUGCGGCCAUGAAUGCAAGGCCACACAAGGUGGAUGGAAGAGUUGUGGAACCAAAGAGGGCCGUCUCAAGAGAAGAUUCUCAAAGACCUGGUGCCCACUUAACUGUGAAAAAGAUUUUUGUUGGUGGCAUUAAAGAAGACACUGAAGAACAUCAUCUAAGAGAUUAUUUUGAACAGUAUGGGAAAAUUGAAGUGAUUGAAAUCAUGACUGACCGAGGCAGUGGCAAAAAGAGAGGCUUUGCUUUUGUAACCUUUGAUGAUCAUGACUCUGUAGACAAGAUUGUCAUUCAGAAAUACCACACUGUGAAUGGCCACAACUGUGAAGUAAGGAAAGCCCUAUCUAAGCAAGAGAUGGCUAGUGCUUCAUCCAGCCAAAGAGGUCGAAGUGGUUCUGGAAACUUUGGUGGUGGUCGUGGAGGUGGUUUUGGUGGGAAUGACAACUUUGGUCGUGGAGGAAACUUCAGCGGUCGAGGUGGCUUUGGUGGCAGCCGCGGUGGUGGUGGAUAUGGUGGCAGUGGGGAUGGCUAUAAUGGAUUCGGUAAUGAUGGAAGCAAUUUUGGAGGUGGUGGAAGCUACAACGAUUUUGGCAGUUACAACAAUCAGUCUUCAAAUUUUGGACCCAUGAAAGGAGGAAACUUUGGAGGCAGAAGUUCUGGCCCCUAUGGUGGUGGAGGCCAAUACUUUGCCAAACCCCGAAACCAAGGUGGCUAUGGUGGUUCCAGCAGCAGCAGUAGCUAUGGCAGUGGCAGAAGGUUUUGAUUACUGCCAGGGAGGAGUGUGCUACCACAGGCUUAGCAACUCUUAAAACAAAAUUCCAGUUCAAGCUCAUGGCUAAAAGGACCAUCCUUAUGAGGACCUUUAUCUGAGCCACUGUGCACUUCAUUUUCACUGCCAUGCAGUAGUCAUUAGCUGCUGCGCAGCUUGAAUUAAUCAUUCAGUUUUGUGAAUGGACUUUUUAAAAAUAAAAUGCAUUUA